CUACACCUUAAUUUAAUGCUACUAAUUAAAUUUAUUCUUUUAAUUUUAUUAAUUUACACUGUUUAUACAUUAUUCAAAAAUAUUGUUGGUUACCUAUAUUUUUUCAUUCCAAAAACCACAGUGGAGAUCAAAAUCAAGCCCCAAAAUGCAGGCACGAGCUUCCGCAAUGAUGCCGUCGUGAUCGAAACGGUGACAACUCCGGAUUCGCUCCAAUGUGGCGUCGACGUUCACCUUGAAACUUUCAGGCGGCAUUGCUUUGGCUCCCUGAAGGAGGCGCGGUUGAUCCCGUGGUUGCCGUCGUGGCCGGUGCUUGUGCGGCGAGGUACUCCACCCAUCGGCGUGGGACUCACAAGCAGGGGCUUCUGGACACUACAUACAAAUUGGGCCGAAUGCCUAAAGUGGCACAUACGGUCCAAAUGGCCCAAAAGGCCCAUACGGCCCAAAAGGCUCAAACGGAACACAAGCACAGACUACUCCAGUCCCCACUUACCUGCUCGGCUGCUCCACAGCACGCAGACCACUGUUAGCACCGUAAUCUCCGGCGACGCAGAUUGUAUUCCCACCGGUGGCGUUAGCUUCUUCUCCAUUUGCGGCGACGAAUUCUCAACUAUUCACGGCUGUAUCAUCUUCUUCUUUCGGGGCACAACUAUGGCUGGUAAAGCUGAAGGUAGUGAUCACAGGGAGCCAGUUAAUGAACAAGCAGUUGCGAAUAUAUAUGCGGCAAUGAGGUCUGAACUCAACCAAAUUCACUCGAAAAUCACCGAGCUCGAAAUGGAAGUUAGCGAGCACUCGCUGGUAGUUAAUGCCAUUCAGCCGCUCGAUCCCUCUAGGCGAUGUUAUCGAAUGAUUGGGGGUGUUCUGGUCGAGAGGACUGUGAAGGAGGUCUUGCCUGCGGUGCUGCGCAACAAAGAGGGACUCGAAGAAGUUAUUAGCAGGCUCAAUGAAGCAUUGGAAAAGAAGAAAAAGGAGAUUGUUGAGUUUGAGGCUAAAUAUAAAAUCAGGAUAAGGAAGGCUGAUGCAGAGGUGAAGGAUGAAUCCGGUAGGAAGGAAGGCACUGCUCAAGGCGUUCUUGUUGGCCCUGCAGGUGGAAGUGAAGCAUAGAUCAGGCCCUAUGACUGUGUUUGGGUACCUAAUGAUAAAUGGAGUGGGGUGAAUGAAGUGGAAUAAAAUUAAAAUUAAAGUUUUACUUGUGGAAGGUAUUCCAUGAAGAUGAUUCCAUAUAUCCUUGAUUUGAGAAAUAAGCAACUCCUUCCUCCUUCCAUAUUCAAGGUGCAAUUGUGCAACAGGAGAUUUUGCUUGAUGUGCUCUCUAGUACUUCUGUUACCAUAUCUCUUGAAAGCCAGGUUGUGAAAUCGUGUUUCUCGCAAUAUCAACCCCAUGUCCUCUUGAAUUUUUGUUUGGGACUACAUAGCCAAGAUCUGUAUGAAGCUAUAGUUUGAAGAUAAUUCCGAGUGAGGAGUCUAAAUGAAGCAACCUGUAGAGGUGUCUUUUUAGCCUUGCAUCUGGUGUCAGGUAGCCUAUUCGAGCUUAGUUUAAUUGAUUCUCCAUUGUUUAACAAUUUGGCUAGAUUGAUUCUCCAUUGUUUAACAGUUUGGCCUGUUCCGAUUUCGGAGUCAAGCUGGCCACUUCUUUUUUUCAGUUCACAAGAAUCUGUCUCUAUUUGUGUAGGAACUUUAGUUUGGUUGAUUUACUAAUGUCGUUAAACAGUUUGAAUCUACAUUGUGGUGUAAGAGUUUCGUAUAUUGGAUGAGAAACUGAAGCUCUUUGCAUUUAACAAUCAUACUCUAAGAUGAUGCAUGUAUCCGAUUGUGUC